ACCUGAUGACAGAGAUGAUGGACCUGAACAGUGAUGUUGGAGGGCCUGGACUUCCUCUCCUGGACUACAAGACGUAUGUUGAGAGAGUUUUCUUCCCCGGUCAGCAGAUGGUGCCACUGAACCAGCAGCUGGACCUGCCAGAGUCCAGGAGGCAGACUGUGGAGCAGGGCCUUCGUCAGCUUAACAACCUCUUAAACAACAAACUUUUCCUUACCAGGUUCAUUCACACUCUGGAGGCCCAGCAAGGCUUCUCUCAGAGGGACCGGGGCUACGUGGCCAGUUUGCUGACCAUGGCUCUGCACGAUAAGCUGGAGUACUUCACCGAGGUCAUGAAGAGUUUGCUGCAGGACCUGGUUCAGCAAUAUGUCGCCAAAAACCCCAAACUCAUGCUGCGCCGGACGGAGACAGUUGUUGAGAAGAUGUUGACCAAUUGGAUGUCCAUCUGUCUUUACUCCUUCUUGAAGGAUGUGGCGGGGGAGCCACUCUACAUGCUCUACAGAGCCAUUAAAUACCAGGUGGACAAAGGUCCAGUGGACGCAGUGACAGGAAAAGCCAAACGGACGCUGAACGACAGUCACCUGCUGCGAGAGGACAUGGAGUACUGCUCAGUGACUCUUAACGUCUUGGUGAAGAAUGGACUUGAGGUCCAGCUGUGUCCUGUUAAAGUACUUGACAUUGACACCAUCACACAGGUAAAGGACAAAAUCCUAGACCAGGUGUACAGAGGAGCUCCGUUCUCUCAGAGGCCAGUAGCAAGCAGCUUGGACCUGGAAUGGCGCUCAGGUCAGGCAGGUCACCUGACUCUUUCAGAUGAUGAUGUCACAGCAGUGGUUCAGGGUUGCUGGAAACGUCUCAACACACUGCAGCACUACAAGGUUCCAGAUGGAGCCACAGUUGCACUGAUCCCUCAAUCCCACAGUUCAGGAGUCAACCAGGUGUUCCAAACUGGGGAGAAAAUGCCUAUGCUGGAGAGUGAGGAAGAGGAGGGCCUGCGUCUGUGGCACCUGGUUAAAAGCAGUGAAGAUCCAGAAAUCCCAAAACACAGAAAGAGCAGCAUGAGAGAGAGGGAGAGAGCCAAGGCCAUACCUGAGAUUUACCUGACCCGACUGCUGUCCAUGAAGGGGACACUGCAGAAGUUUGUGGACGAUGUCUUCAUGGCCAUCUUCAGUACAAAACGUCCACCUCCGAUCGCCGUCAGGUUUUUUUUUGAUUUCCUGGACGACAUGGCAGAAAAACACGGAAUUGAUGACGCAGAGACAGUCCACAUCUGGAAGACCAACAGUCUUCCUCUCAGGUUCUGGGUCAACAUCCUGAAGAAUCCUCAGUUUGUUCUGGACGUCCAGGUUACUGACAGCAUUGAUGCUGUCCUAUCGGUCAUUGCUCAGACCUUCAUCGACUCCUGUACCACCUCAGAACACAAAGUUGGAAGGGACUCUCCUGUCAACAAGCUGCUGUAUGCCAGAGAGAUUCCACGAUACAAACAGCUGGUGGAGAGGUAUUACAAUGAUAUCCACAGUGCUGCAUCAGGAUGUUAUCAGGAGAUGAACUCAACUCUGACAGAACUGUCCGGGAGUUUUGCCUCAGACAUGAACAGUCUUGUUGGUCUUCAUGAACUUUACAAGUACAUCCAGAAAUAUUACGACCAGGUGGUCAUGUCUCUGGAGGAGGACACCUCGGGUCAGAAGAUGCAGUUGGCCUAUCGACUCCAGCAGGUGGCUGCCCUGGUGGAGAACAAAGUCACUGACCUUUGAGAGCAGGAGGAUGGAGAAGCAGUCCACCUGAGUGGGCAGCUGUGCUGAAAGUGACGGGUUGUGUUGGUUGAAACAUGUUUUAUUGUCUUCCUCUUCCUUCACACAGCAACAGCAAACUGGUUUUAAACCAACCAGAAACAAACCCAACCUGCCUGACACCAGCCUGUGGUGAACAAUGACAGUUCAAUCAGAUCUGAUCAGGGAAUAUCACCAACACCUGCUGCCUUGCACUACUUUUCCCAAAAUGCUCUGCUGUCAUGAGUCAAAAAGCACAAAGUUGAACUUGUUGAUUUUAGAUAUUAGACCUGCUGUUUCUAUAUUUUUGUCUUUUCUACUAAAGCCAGCAGCUUGAACCUUAAACAUGCUGGGAAUCCUCUUCUAAAGAUUUCCUGAAGGCAAUAACAGCAGUUAGCCCUGUGCUGGGGCAACUCUUUCAUUUCUACCCUUCUGUCCACUCUUCACCCUGAAGAUACAUGAGAACCAGCUCCACCCUCAAGGUGCUUUAUACACUCAGCAAGAUGUUUCAGGCUUCCAUCUACAGUAUGUGUGGAGGAUGGAUGGAUGGAUGGAUGGAUGGAUGGAUGGAUGGAUGGAUGGAUGGAUGGAUGGAUAGAUGGAUGAUGGAU